GACGUCUCCACCCCGUUACAUACUUCACACCAGUAGAUGGCGGUAACGCGUCAUUAUGCCAGUUCGCCAUCUGCUUGGAGAGUAGAGUAAGAAUUCAACAAGACGUAGAAAACGGAACAAAACAUGGCAGAGCAAGUUAGUAGUGAAACAUUGGAAGACAGGUCGGACUCUGCUGCAGUGUUGCAGGACCUUCGAAGUGUUCUGGUCACCAGCGUGCUUAACCUGGAGAAGCUGGAGAUAGAUCUGUACAGAGGGACUCACCACUGGGUGCCCCGUAGCCGUCGCCUGUUUGGGGGUCAAAUCAUUGGUCAGGCCCUGGUGGCGGCAGCAGAGUCGGUCAGUGACAACGUAUUCGCUCACUCUCUCCACUGCUACUUCGUACGGGCAGGAGACCCCAAGGUACCGGUGCUGUACCAGGUGGAGAGGACCAGGGACGGUCGUAGUUUCAGCGUGCGGUCAGUGAAGGCCAUCCAACACGGUCAGCCCAUCCUCAUCUGCCAGGCCUCCUUCCACAGUAACCAGCCCUCUCCUCUGCAGCACCAGUUCACCAUGCCCUCUGUCCCCCCUCCUGAAGACCUGCUGACGGUGGAAGAACUCAUACAGCGCUACCUCAGUAAGCCGGACUUGGCUGAAAAAGCCAAACAGGGCCUGAACAAGCUGCUAGCCGACGAGGUUCCCAUAGAGAUUAAACCUGUCAGUCCUAUAGACCUCUACUGCGGCGUUGCCAUGGAACCCAAGAAGCUGUACUGGGUGCGCGCCAGAGGCCACAUCGGUAAAGGUGAUAUGAAGCUCCAUUGCUGUGUGGCAGCCUAUGUGUCAGACUAUUCGUUCCUGGGCACUGCCCUCCUCCCUUACCCCGGGCAGCGCACCAGUUUCUCAGCCUCUCUGGAUCACGCCAUGUGGUUCCACAACACCUUCAGGGCAGACGAAUGGAUGCUCUACGAGACUGAGAGCUCCUGGGCAGGUGGCAGCAGAGGGCUGGUCCAGGGGCGUCUGUGGAGGAGAGACGGGGUGCUGGCUGCCAGCUGUGCCCAGGAGGGGGUACUCAGGGUCAACGCCGUGACGAACGAGAGCAAGCUAUAACCAUGA